GCGUGCCGUCGCGGCGAGUGGAUGCCCAGCGCUUGCCCGCUGCCGCCUGGCGCCUAGCGGGGCACCGUCAGGGCAGAGACUCGCGGACGCCAUGAGCUGCUGCAGCUCCGCCGCGCAGAAGAGCUCCAAGCGAGAGUGGAAGCCUCUGGAGGACCACAGUUGCACAGAUGUACCAUGGCUGCUUUUAUUCAUCCUCUUCUGCAUAGGAAUGGGUUUUAUAUGUGGAUUUUCAAUAGCUACAGGAGCAGCUGCAAGACUGCUUUCAGGAUAUGACAGUUACGGAAAUAUUUGUGGACAGAAAAAUGUCAAGGUGGAGGGAAUAGUCAACAGUGGUCUGGACCUCACACACAAGAAGUAUGUGUUCUUCUUGGAUCCAUGCAACAUUGAUCUAGUACAUCAGAGAAUCAAGUCUCUUGCUUUGUGUGUAUCAGCUUGCCCAAGGAAAGAACUAAAAACUCUGGCUGAUAUUCAGAAAUUUGCAGAAACUAAUGGAUCCACUCUGUGUAGCUAUGAACUACAGCCAUCAGAAUACACUACAGACCUAAGAGCUGCCAAGUUAUGUCCUAAAUAUCCUGUUCCAGAGAGUGCACCUAUUCCAUUCUUCCAUCGCUGUGCUCCUGUGAACAUUUCCUGCUAUGCCAAGUUUGCAGAGGCCCUGAUCACCUUUGUCAGUGACAGUAGUGUCUUACACAGGCUGAUUAGUGGAGUUAUGACCAGCAAAGAGAUUAUAAUGGGACUUUGCUUGUUAUCACUAGUGUUGUCCAUGAUUUUGAUGGUUAUAAUCAGGUACAUUUCAAGAGUACUUGUCUGGAUUUUAACAAUUCUUGUCAUUCUGGGAUCACUUGGUGGCACAGGAGUCCUGUGGUGGCUCUAUGCUAAGCAACGAAUAUCUGCCAGUGCUGUUCAGACUCAAAUAGCCAAAGACAAUCUUCAGGCUCUCCUGAUAUAUGCCAUUUCAGCUACAGUCUUCACGGUCAUCUUGUUCCUGAUAAUGUUAAUUAUGCGCAAACGAGUAGCUCUCACCAUUGCCUUGUUCCAUGUGGCUGGCAAGGUCUUCAUUCACCUGCCGCUGCUAGUCUUCCAACCAUUUUGGACAUUCUUUGUGCUUAUUGUCUUCUGGAUAUACUGGAUCACAGUCCUGCUUUUCCUUGGUACUACAGGUAGUCCUGUCCCAAAUGAAGAAGGGUUUGUUGAAUUUCAUAUGGUAGGUCCUUUGAAAUACAUGUGGUGGUACCAUGCAGUGGGACUUAUCUGGAUCAGCGAGUUUAUCCUAGCUUGUCAGCAGAUGACAGUAGCAGGGGCUGUUGUGACAUACUAUUUUACAAGGGAGAAAAGGAAUUUGCCAUUUACUCCUAUUCUGGCAUCUGUUAAUCGCCUUGUUUGUUACCACCUAGGAACAGUAGCAAAGGGGUCUUUCAUUAUCACACUAGUGAAGAUACCACGAAUGAUUCUUAUGUAUAUUCAUACACAACUCAAAGGAAAAGAAAAUGCUUGUGCUCGUUGUAUGCUUAAAGCCUGCAUCUGCUGCCUUUGGUGUCUAGAAAAGUGCCUGACUUACUUAAAUCAGAAUGCAUAUACAGCCACAGCUAUCAACAGCACUAACUUCUGCACCUCAGCAAAGGAUGCCUUUGUUAUUCUAGUGGAAAAUGCUUUGCGAGUGGCUGCCAUAAACACAGUUGGGGAUUUUAUGCUAUUUCUAGGAAAGGUACUGAUUGUCUGCAGUACAGGUUUGGCUGGGAUUAUGUUGCUGAAUUACCAACGAGAUUACACCAUCUGGGUGCUACCACUCGUCAUUGUCUGCCUCUUUGCAUUCCUGGUUGCUCACUGCUUCCUUUCCAUUUAUGAAAUGGUUGUAGAUGUCCUUUUCUUAUGUUUUGCCAUCGAUACAAAAUACAAUGAUGGGAGCCCUGGGAGGGAAUUCUACAUGGAUAAAGUUCUCAUGGAGUUUGUGGAGAAUAGUAGGAAAUCUAUGAAAGAAGCUGGCCGAGGAGGUGGAGCUGAGGGCAGAGAGCUAAAACCAAUGGCCUCUGGAGCAAGUUCAUCUUGAAACUAGCCAGCCAUAUUGGAACCCAUUGACAUUCCAAAACAGUAUAUAUAUACAUAUAUACAUACAUAUAUAUAUAUAUAUAUAUAUAUAUAUAAACAAACAGCCAAAAUCAGAGAAAAGGAACAGGGAUUUAAUACUUUUUUUAACAAUUAUUUUUGUGAAACAUGUACUCUUUUCAUACGGGUGGCUUUUAUGAGCAGCUUUAUCAUUGUUCAUUUUUUAAAUUAUUCAUGGUCAUGGAAAUGUUGAUUCUUAUCUGCGUAAUACUUUAAAAUCUGGAAGAGGUAUCAUUGUAAAGAUAAUCUGAAAUUAUGACUGAGUUUAGAGACAGAUUUCCCAUGACAUUACUAGUCUGCUGAGAGUUUUACUUGUUUAGUUUGUUUAAAUUUGCAUUAAAUUCAGGACAGUUACAUGCAAGGAAAACCCUCAAAUCAAGAAAAGUCUCGAAUAUAGUUUUUCAAAGGUAGUUUCAGUGAGCGUUCAUUCAGUUUGAACAAGUUUGUAAGCAGUCAUUUUACUUUACAGCCCUGGUCGGGCACAGUUUUGUUUAUUGGUAUCAGAUAUCACAAUAACCACUGCUCAGGUAUUCAGGUAUGUGGGAGCCCUUGCAUCUCCUAUUAAACAGAAACUACAAAAUGGGGACAGAUAAUUUUUAUAUGCAAUUAACUUCCUGGUUUACCCGACUUACCCCUCAUACCCCUUGCCCUCUAUCCUCCCCUUGAGUUCAGUAUCCUCCUUCACACUUCAGCAGUGCUCCUUUGAAGGGUAAUGAUUCUCCAUAUGAGCAAUUGAAAUAACAGAUUGUUAAAGCUCAGUCUUAGCCAUACUCAUGAUUAAUUCAUGACUAAACAUAAAGAUGCUGAGGGUGGGAAGAGAAAUGAACUGUACUACUGUACAAAAAGUACUGUAUGCUUCAUUUCAUUUAAUGCCAGAGAGCUCUGGGAGGUGGAAGGAAUCAUUCCUUGCCUGUCGUUUUAUCCAUAUUUGUAUGUACUGUAGCAGGCGGCUAAAACAGGAAAGGGCAGAGAAACAUUUCUUUGGAAGUAUAACUGCCAGGAUAGUUAUCUGAAGUUAUCAAAUAAUGACAAGAAAACAUGCUUUUUUAUUAUUAUUAGAAACUUACAUUUCUUUUCAGUCUGGAAGCUCACCAGAUAUGAAUGCUAAUAUUCAAUUGUUCAGCAUAUUGUAAUGGUAAAUGCUUAAAAGUGUAUUUGCUAAGACUUCAUGAUCUGUCUGUGCUAUAUACUCCUUUUGUUACAAUUUUUUUAAAAAAACUAUUUUUGUUAAUGUAAAGUUAAUAUUUCUGAGCAAAAUUUUUAAACUUAUUGCACUAAAUACAACCUCUGUAGAAAUAAAUAAUGCCUCAAUGGUUCAAUCACUCCAUUCAAGAAAAUCUUUUGAAAGAGAAAAGUCCUUCUACAGAAGCUUUGUGAUGGAGUAAAUGCACAACUCGUGUUAUCAAAGUUUAAUAAGUAAGCAAUUAUCUCUGUUUCCUUUCAGAGGAUCAGACUUUUAAAUUGCUGCUGAAGGUUUAAAAAAAAAAAUGUAGUAUCGUGUAGCUAACCAGUGCUCUUUUGGCAGUAGUGAAAUAUUUCACUUCUGCUUCUAGUCAUUUGAUAACAAAUUUGUUUAGUUUUCUUUCGGUAAGCUAAUUAAAAGGAUUUACUCUUUUCAUAUCACAGAACCCAAGCUAUACGAAAGGUAUGAAAAUAAAAAUAUAUUUUGAAAUUAUAGCUGCUGGGGAGGCAGGGAGACGGAAUUAUCCAAUCCUGCAAGCACUUAGACACACUCAUUUAAGUGAACCAUAUUGGUAGCUCAAAUGACAUCAGGAGGGCUCUCUAAGUAUGGAAGCUGUAAAUUACAUAUCCACAUAAUUGCUAACUGGACUAGAGCUUCAACUUAGGGAUUCAGACAGGAGCACUGGCAAGGCCUCUCAGUGCAAGAGGUCAGACUAUCUAGAAGAAGCACUGGAGCAGCCUUAAGUUUGUGGAGAGGAGGCAUUUCUUCUGUACCAGUGUCUAAGACAGCAGUGGCACUGAACACUGGUAUUUGUGUAGAUCAGUGGGGUUUAGCAACAGAAAUUUAAAUCCAGACUUAGACAAAUCCUAGAAACUAGAUUCCAAGGCUAAGAGACUUACCAUGUACCCAGUUAUUUCCAGAGUAACUGAUUUCCAUCUUGUUUGGAAGUUACUGUGAAGCUGCUUUGAUUGAAGGUGCUUGGAGUCUGCUCCUUUUGACAACAAAUUUCUGCCAUGACCAGUUCUGCAAGUUUGUGUUCUCUGCUCACUGGAGGUCCUGGGUGGGGGCUUUUCUCUGUAAUUGCAGCUAGGAUUGCAGUUGGAAACAAAUUUUGUAUUUUUGUAUGACUUGACUGUGCACCAUUUUUAUAGCAGUUUAUCCUGUCUUAAAAAUAAAUGUUUUAUUUACAUGGUAUUUAAAAGAUACAGGCAACACUUUUCUAUGGGUAGUUAUUCUAUAUAUCAUUAUAAAGUUCUUAAAUCGUGUACACCAUUCUUGAAUGUAUAACCAUCAUGCAGAGGUUUUCAGUCAUGCCAAAAGGGCAUUCCAUCCACACACAGGAUUCCAGUGGCCCUUCAAAGGCCCUUUUGAACAUCCUUUGAAGUUCAUUUGCAACCAAGCUGCAAGCUGCCCUCUUCCAGCUCUGUCUUGUGCAAGGAGAUAAGCAGAAGACUGAUGUCUGAAGAGACAACUUUUCAGGACAAAUUUAGACUCUGCUUUCCCUCCACAGUGGGAUAGUGGAGUGAGAGAACACUUGACAUGUAAAUCCCUAGUUGGCAGUAGAGGUGCUGGGGUCUGCCAGUUGUGAUGGAUUAAAUACUUUUUUUGCCAGCUAGUUAUUAAAGGCAAUAUAUUGACUGCUUUGUGAGAAGCAUUCUAGACUAACCAGAGGGUGAUGCUGCACUGGGAAUAACAUUACAGGAGGAGCAGAUGAGACAGCUGAGACAGAGAAAUCAUCUCCUUGGAAAGUCCACUGAACCAGGUAGUGCUUGAGGACUAGAGAUUUGGGAUGAACAAUUUGAGUUUAAAAAUCAAGCCGGUGGUAUUAAUGGUUCCCAGCAUUUGGUUUCUGCAGACAGUCCAGAUCAUAGCCUCUGGAAAAGGAAAAAAGCAUGCCAUUCUUUAAAUUGUUCAUUUUUUCCCACAUUAUUUUACUCUUUCAUUUGGAAGUUGAGCAGGCAUCUGUCAUCUUUAUUGCUUCUUCCAGCCCUAGAGAAUAUUUUUUUGUUGUUCUUUUAGCUCUUAUUUCUGUAUUGCUCUUUAAGCAAAAGGAGGGCCAGCGUUGCAGCUUCCCUUUGUCCCACCAAUCUUAGCACAUGCCUCCUCACCUUCCUGAGGCAAUGAUUCAGGAUAUCACCUGGACUUAAUGGGAUGGGAAGCAGAUGCUGAGCUGAAGUUCUGAGGUGUGUUUUUAUUUUGUAUGAAAACACUCCAUCAUUCUGCUUGCUGUGGUAAGGAGUGCAGACCCUUCACUUCUACGGUUUCAGUGCUGUGCCACAGCUAGACUAAACAUAUGGUAUGGCCAGCGUAGAAUUGCAUCUUCAGCCUUCCAGUAGCUUGUGUUCACACUCCUAGCUGCCAAAAACAGGAUAGGGAUUUACAUGUGACCUUAGCUUGGCAUGGUAACCCAAGCACUUUCUUCAUCAGGAAAGAAUAUCCUAAAAGGGAGAACUUAGAUAACCCAAUUACACAUUGAGGUGGGUUGACCCUGGCUAGCAGGUAAGUCCCUACUUUGUUGCUUGCUCAGUUCCCCCAACAGGAUGGGAGAGAGCAUUGGAAGGACAAAAGCACUGCGAUAAAGACAGUUUAUUAAGUUAAAGGAAAAAAAAUAAAUCCAAGUGAUGCAAAGGCAAUCACUCUCCGCCUCCCACUAGCAGACCAAUGCCCAGCCAGUCUCCAAGCAACUUACUUUGGAACCACACACACAUACACCUCCACACCCCCACACCUCUAAUUUUAUUGCUGAGUAUGACAUCAUAUGAUAUGGAAUAUUUCUUCAGUGUUCAGGUCAGCUGUCCUGGUGCCCUCCCACUCCCUUGCCCAACCUCAGACUACUCUGCUGGGGUGGCAGUGUGAGAAAACAGAGAAGGCCUUGACCCUGUGCAAGCACUGCUCAGCAAUAGGUAAAACGUUGUGUUACCAACACUUUUGGUCACAAAUCUAGAACGCAGCACCAUGCGGGCUGCUGUGAAGAAAAUUUAACUUCAUCCCAGCCUAACCCAGUACACAGGUCCACUUACUCAAGAGUUAGUCCAGGACUUGCUCUCUCUGUACAGCACCUUCUCAGGGUGGAUACUUCUUUCUGAAAGGGCUUUUUUUCGCAGUGGGCAAUUAGCCUGCUCCGAAGUGCUCUCUUCCAUGGAGGGAGCAGGGGAUGCUAGCUCUUACUCUUUCAGCACAAAAUGGGGAUAUAAAGCAAAAAUGAGCCCUUUCUGUAUCAGUGUUCUGGCAAUUGAGCACCCAGUGUUAGAGACAACAUACUUAAUGUGCCCUCAGGGCAUGCACUUCAGUGGUUUGCUCUCAGUGGUUAUGAUGUGUUCUACGAAUGUGUGUUAUAGUCAGAAUAAAAUGCAUGUAGCAGGCAUAUACUCAUCACCAUCCAGUGAUCAUUUUGUUCUGAGUACAUAUUACAUGCUGUAUUGAACAUGGCACAGUCCUAUUAAGAAAUACUUAAGAUUUAAAAGUAGAUACUGAACAGCAUCUUUUUUUUUUUUUUUAAUCAUGGCUUUGCCUGUGCAGAUACUGUUUACUGAAUCUAAACAUCACUGGUCCAUUGUUUCUUGAACAGCUUGUGUGUCACAUUAUCACCACAGCAGUCCUAUUUAAUCUUUGGGGAAAAAAACACCUCCUGUUUCCCAAAACAAAACCCAACAGACUUAUUUGAAGCAUUUCUUGCACUCAGCUUGUUCGUUGGAAUGAUAGAAGUUUACUCUAAUUCAUUUAUGAAUGCUCUUUCAACUGUUUCAUCUCUGCUGUUCUAUCCAUCACAUAACAAGAGAUUAUGGAGACUAGUAAAUUUGUAUUUCUUGUGUUCUGUAGCACAUACUGUUCUCAAGGUAGAGUUUUUCUUUUAUAUUUAGAGUGAUGAGAGAAGAGAUGAAACUUGUGAUGUGAGUCAUAUAUAAAAG